CCGUGGUUCAGUCCAGUUGUCCUGUUUCUGCAGAGUUUACAUAACCGGACAUUAUGGCAGGUUUACACAUAAUGUUACGCUGGACUGCUGCUCAUGUACUUACUUUCCUGUUUUUUCUUCUUUUCGUGGCGUUUCUCGUUUAUUGCCUGUACAUUAAAUACAGACAUAUAAAAUAUGACCAUAUACCUGGACCACCGAGGGACAGUUUUCUACUCGGACAUUCGCCGUCGUUUUUGAAGGUAAUGAGAAAUGGUGGAAUCGUACAGGACAAACUUCUGGAGUGGUCUGAGACCUACGGACCCGUUUACAGGAUAAAUAUCUUUCAUUUUGUUUUAAUCGGUGUUACCUGCCCGGAUACCACCAAGGAAAUCUUAAUGUCCCCAAAGUACCCCAAAGAUAAUUUUGUCUACAAGAGGCUUUUUAACCUUUUUGGUCAAAGGUUCUUGGGCAAAGGCUUGGUGACAGCACAAGAGCAUGAGCAGUGGUUUAAACAGCGCAGGAUCAUGGACCCAGCCUUCAGCAGCUUGUACCUUAGAGGUCUCAUGGGCACUUUCAACGAGAGGGCUGAGAAACUGAUGGAAAAACUGACAGAAGAAGCUGAUAAGAAAACAGAGGAGCUCAGCAUGCUCCAGCUCUUCAAUGGUGUUACACUGGAUGUUAUCGCCAAGGUUGCAUUUGAUGUUGAUUUGGACCUGCAGAAGGAGACUUCACCUUUCCCCAAAGCCAUCGAGACAUGUCUGAAAGGAAUGGUCUACUAUAUCCGGGAUGGACUCUUUUCUCUCAAUCCGAAGAACAGACCAUUUAUUAAUGAAGUGAGGGAGGCGUGCCGUCUGCUACGUGCAACUGGAGCUCAGUGGAUCCAUGACAGAAAGACUGCUAUACAAAACGGCGAUGAUGUGCCCAAGGACAUCCUCACACAAAUCAUCAAAACAGCUGGACAAGAGGAAAUCAUGAGUAAAGAAGAUGAAGAGCUGAUGGUGGACAACUUUGUGACAUUUUUCAUUGCAGGCCAAGAGACAACAGCUAAUCAACUUGCUUUUUGCGUCAUGGAACUGGGAAGACAUCCUGAAAUAAUGGAAAAAGUGAAGAAAGAAGUGGAUGAUGUUAUUGGAAUGAAAAUGGACAUAAGGUAUGAGGAUCUGGGCCAGCUGACCUACCUCUCACAGGUGCUAAAAGAGACUCUGAGGCUUUACUCAACAGUUCCAGGUACAUCUCGAGAUAUACUUGAAGACAUGGUCAUUGACGGCAUCCGCAUACCUGGAGGAUUCACAUGUAUGUUGAGCUCCUAUGUGGCUGGGAGGAUGGAGAAAUUCUUCAAGGAUCCGCUAAUAUUUGAUCCAGACAGAUUUCACCCAGAUGCACCCAAGCCUUAUUACUGCUACUACCCCUUCGCUCUCGGUCCACGCUCAUGCCUGGGGCAGAACUUUGCUCAGAUGGAGGCUAAAGUGGUGAUGGCCAAGCUGCUACAGAGGUUUGAUUUCACACUCGUCCCAGGACAAAGCUUUGACAUCUUGGACACUGCCACACUCAGGCCAAAGGGUGGAGUGUUGUGUUCUAUCAGACACAGGAAACACAGCCAAUAGAUGUUCAUACAGUACCAUGCACUGUCAGCAUUCCUCAUUCCACAGUGUAAGAUAACUUUAAAGAUCUAAAAGACAGCAACUGACUGUUUGUUGGUUUAAAGUUGAACUACUGGGAGCAUUAUUUGCUGUAUGACUGAUGGAAGACAACAUCCAACAAGUGUAGAAGUUUUAAUAUUUCAUUCCUCUGGAUUCCUGCCCAUGUAGAUGCUGAAGGCAAGGCAAGUUUAUUUAUAUGAUGCAUUUAGUACACAAAGACAGGUCAGUGCGCUUUAGUUAAAAGAACCUUCACCUCAUGAACCUUUUGGUUAAACAAAAGAUAAUAAUAUUAAGAUAUAUAAUCAAGGGUCUACAUAAAAUCAUGAUAGAGAAGAGUAAAAUAUUUAAAAACUAAAUGUUGAAUUGAAAAAAUGAAUAUGCAACCCUUUAGAGUUUAAUAGCAAUAAGAAUUAAGACAUAGUCUGACAAGAGUAAGAUAUAGAGCCUAUUCAGAGGCAGAGGAAGAGAAAAAAUAUUUUUUCAACCUGGAUUUACAAAUGUCUACAUUUGGGGUGAAUCUGAGCUCUACUUUGUUUCAGUUGUUUGCAGAAUAGUAGUUAAAUGCUGCCUCCCCCUGUUUAGAUUAGACUUUACACUCAACUGUUCUACAUAGACCUGAGUCUGUAGAUCAAAUACAACUUUGAAAAACAAAAAAGACUUCAUGAUAAAAUUUGAAAUUGUGUAAAUGUUGUGAAAAUGUUAUGAUACAAUAAUUUUAAUUAAAUGUAUUUUAUAAUACCA